UGUCUUGGCUCUUCCGUUGCCUUCGGAUUUGGGAAGGUGUUGGUGGCCUUGGUGGUGGUCAUAGCUCCCCCGCGUUAAUGUUAUGUUGAUCUCAGGCAGAAAGCUUUGAUCCGAGUCAUCCACAAGGACUGUCACAACGUUACAGUACCUUGGUGCAUCGUUUCUGCGAAUUGCUGCAAUCAACGAAACCACUUCCCACCAAAUCCAAGGCAAUGCUUUCGCAUUUGUCCAACUCUAACUCCAAUUGAUUCACGGUCCAAGAACAUUGCAUCCGAUGAGACGGCCUGUUGCUGGCGCGGGCAGGCCCUUUACGUGCCUCCAAUGCCUCCUGCGGACGUCACACGGGCGCCCUGCCCGCCCCCCUCUCCCAGCGGCCGGGCCCUCCCGCCUGCGGCCAGCACAAACACCAUCACAAUUAGCCUUCUAUCAUAGCACCGGCACCCUGUCACAACAACAUCCGCCUGUCGCUCCGCAACCGCAGCCGCAAAGGCCACCGACCGCGCCCAAACCCGCUCUCGAUCUCAAGCACAUCCGUCAAAACGCCGACCUGUACGCUCAAAACUGCCGUGACCGCAACUACCCCGCCGCAGCCUCGUACCCAGCCCGCAUCAACGACCUCUUCGCUCAAUGGCAAGCCAAGCAGCGCGAGGCCCGCAGCCUCCGCGAGCGUGGCAACCUGCUGCGCCGGCAUAUCGCCGACCCGGGCGCCACGAGCCGGGACGACGCCGAUGAGGAAUCCGCCGCCGGGCUCCGGUCCAUGUCGCGGGAGCAGCUCCUCGAGGAAGCGCGCAAGGUCAAGGCCGAGCUCGCCACGCUCGAAGAGGCCGAGUCGGCGCUGACGGCCGAGAUGGAGCGGCUCGCCCUCGCCAUCCCCAACCUGACCAGCGACGAGACCCCGCGCGGCGCCGAGCCCCUGGUGCUGAGCUACAUCAACGACCACCCUGAACCCAGCCCCUCCCAGUCCGACCGCGUGUGGCGCUCGCACAUCCACGUGGGCGCCGAGCUGGGCCUGCUCGACUUCGCCGCCGCGGCCACCACGUCUGGGUGGGGGUGGUACUACCUUUUGGACGAAGCCGCACAGCUGGAGCAGGCGCUGGUGAGCUACGCGCUGACGGCCGCUUCGCGCGCCGGGUGGCGGCAGGUUUCGCCGCCGAGCCUCGUCUACAGCCACGUGGCGGGCGCAUGCGGGUUCCAGCCGCGCGACGCGCACGGCGAGACGCAAAUCUACACCAUCGCCCAGUCUCCCGACGACGUCGCGCGGGGGAAACCCGAGCUCUGCCUGGCAGGGACCGCCGAGAUCCCGCUCGCGGGGAUGAAGGCCGACACGGUGCUAGACGAGUCCGAAGUGCCCAUGAAGCGGGUCGCCGUAUCCCGGUGCUACCGCGCCGAGGCCGGCUCGCGCGGGGGCGAGACCAAAGGACUCUACCGGGUGCACGAGUUCACCAAGGUGGAGCUGUUCGCAUGGACGGCGCCCGACUCCGAUCAAACCACAGAAAUCUUUGAAGAAAUGGUCGACCUCCAGACAGAACUCCUUGGCUCCCUCGGCCUGCACUGCCGGGUUCUCGAGAUGCCUACCGCCGACUUGGGGGCGUCAGCCACACGCAAGUGCGACAUUGAGGCGUUCUUCCCCUCGCGCCGCGACCGCAACGACGGCUGGGGCGAGGUGACGAGCGCGAGCAUCUGCACCGACUACCAGACGCGGCGGCUCGCCACGCGCCUGCGCACCAACGGCACGGGCGGGAAGCUGGUCUUCCCCUGGACCGUCAACGGCACGGCGCUGGCUGUGCCGCGGGUGCUUGCCGCGCUGCUGGAGAACGGGUGGAACGAGAGCGAAAAGUCGGUCACCAUCCCCGAGGUGCUGCGGCCGUGGAUGGAUGGCAGGGAAAAGAUUGGGCCUAGGAAGCGGCAGAAGGUGGAUGCUUGAUAGAUGUUGUUGUCCUUGGUUCACUACAUAAUGUAAUUUAUAUAACGUUAAUGCCAGCAUGAGCAAUUCUGUAACGAAACACAGGAUUUACCCUCCGAGUCACGAUAUCAGCUAAGAAGAGGAGGCAUGUAUAUAUUCAUCAUUGCCCGAAAGGGGUUCGUUGAUUGCCUAACAGCCAGUUGAAUCCAUCACAGCAUUGCCAUUAG